AUGAUAAACAAUUGGUUAGCAGUUGGCUUAUUAGUUGUGUCGGGAAUAUUAGCAUUUAAUUGGAAACGUAAACAUCCAUAUGGUCAAACAGUGGAAAUUGGUGAAAAGCCUGAAAAUGGAGGUAGAAUAAGAAGAAAUUCAGCAUGUGCUGAUCAUUUAAUUUCAUUUUUAGAAGACGAUGAGAUCUAUACUCUUUAUGAUUCUUUGGUAAAAUCUUGUAAAAAAUAUGGUGAAAGAAAAUGUUUUGGUGAAAGAAAAAAAGAUUCAAAUGGUAAUUUAGGUAAAUUUGAAUGGAUUAGUUAUAAUACUUAUUUAGAAAGAUGUGAAUAUAUUCAACAAGGUUUAUGCGAACUUGGUUUGAAACCAAAAAGUAAAGUUGGUAUUUUUAGUAAGAAUAGAUUAGAAUGGUUAAUUGUUCAUAGUGCAAGCUUUAUUCAAAGUUAUUGUGUUGUUUCUUUUUAUGAGACACUUGGUGUUGAGAGUUUAUCAUAUGUUACUGAACAUGCCGAGAUCGGAUUGGCAUUUUGUUCAGCAGAGACUUUACAAAAGACAUUGGAUAUCGCUAAAGGUGUAAAAGUUUUAAAAACUAUCAUAUGUUUUGAUUCAAUUGAUAAAGAACAUUAUAAUAUUGCUAAAGAAUUGGGUGUAACAUUAUAUACAUACGAUGAAAUUAUGAAAAAGGGCAAAGAAGCAAAUGGUAAACAUAAACAUACACCACCAACUCCAGAUACUUUAUCUACAAUUAUGUAUACAAGCGGUACAACUGGUCCACCAAAAGGUGUUAUGAUCACUCAUAAGAAUUUGACAUCUGUAGUUUGUGCAGUUAGUGAUUUUAUAAAAGUUUAUGAUACUGAUGUUCAUUAUUCAUACUUACCAUAUGCCCAUGUUUUAGAAAGAGUUGUAAUUUUGGCUGCUUUCCAUUUUGGUGCUGCUAUUGGUAUUUUCUCUGGUGAUAUUUCAAAUAUUUUAGUAGAAGUUAAAUUAUUAUCACCAACAUUAUUCAUUGGUGUACCAAGAGUAUUUGAAAGAAUUAAAACAAAUGUCUUUAAAGAGAUUAGUAAGAAACCUGCUUUACUUCGUACAUUAUUUAAUGGUGCAUACAAUUUAAAGUAUUUAUCAAUUCAACAUGGUUUUAAAUUACCAAUAAUUGAAAAGGUAUUAGAUCUUGUAUUUUUCUCAAAAAUUAAACAAGCAUUAGGUGGAAAAGUUAGAGUCAUUCUAUCAGGUUCUGCUCCAUUAAGUUUUGAUACUGAAGUAUUUUUAAGAGUUGUUAUGUGUUGUUGUGUUUUACAAGGUUAUGGUGCAAGUGAAGGCUGUGGUGGUGAUGCAUGUAAAAGAUUAGAUGAUGAAUCAGUUGGUACAAUUGGACCACCAUUUGCAAGUAAUGAAAUUAAAUUAGUUGAUGUACCAGAGUUGGGUUAUGAUAGUAAUGGUGAAGUACAAACUGGUGAAGUAUGUCUUCGUGGUCCAAGUAUCUCAAGUGGUUAUUAUAAAGAUGAGGAGAAAACUAGAGAAGAAUUCAAAGAUGGUUGGUUCCAUACUGGUGAUAUUGGUCGUUGGAAUCGUGAUGGUAGUCUUAGCAUUGUUGAUCGUAAGAAAAAUAUCUUUAAAUUAUCUCAAGGUGAAUAUGUUGCAGUUGAAAAGAUUGAAACAAUAGUUGUAAAGAGUGAAUACGUUGAACAAGUUUGUAUUUAUGGUGAUUCUCAAAAAUCAUGUGUAAUUGCAAUCAUUCAUCCACAUCCAGAAUCAUGUAGUGAAUGGGCUGGUUCAAAGAAAACUGAUAAAGACAUUAAAGAAAUUUGUAAAAAUCAAGAUUUUAUCAAAGUUGUAUUGGAUGAUAUAAUUAAAAAUUGCAAAAAAUCUGGUCUUCAUGGAUUUGAAAUUCCAAAAGCAAUUCAUUUAACUCCAGAAGCAUUCUCUGAUCAAAAUAAUUUAUUAACUCCUUCUUUCAAAUUAAAAAGACAUGAAAUUAAGAAAUAUUUUGAGGAUGAAAUUAAAAAAUUAUAUUCAAAACUUGAUUAA